AGUGUCCGAUCGACCCUGUCGGAGAGAUUUCCCAGGGCCUGAGUUUUCUUGGAGGGUGGAUAUUUCGUUAAAGAUGUCAGGCCGUAGUGCGUGAAUAGUGUUCUAGUUUAAAGUGGUGCUCGAGUUUCGUUCGACACCACCAUGGGUACCGUUUUGAGCUUUUCGCCUCGUGAUAGGUCACGGCAAGUAUACAGCACUAGCAGUACCGGAGAUUUCGCGUUGAACAACUUUUCCUAUGAACAACUGAAUAAUGUCAAAAACAACAGAGACUCGACUAGUAAUAAGGCGAACCUAAGCCAUUCCAACACACAUACUCGAAAUAAUAUAAAUAAUAAUGAUAACGCCCGUAUACUAUCGGAGAAAAACGCGUUGGAGAAAAAUCUGAAAAAGCAUUCGUUAUUUAUAAACGCGCUAUCGUGGAAGCGAUUUUCAACGUCGAACAACAACAAGAAGAAACAGGAGAAUUUGAAAAACAAAAACAUCACAGUGUUGAUGCAACCAUUGGACCUGACGGUAGAUAAAAACAAAAAUAAAAAUAUCGAACAACAGCAAAACUCGAAAAAGCCUCCUUACUUUUGCACCACCAAGUCAACGUCACUAGACAUUGUAAGAGUGAACAAUGCGAAUAAUACGAACUACAAUCUUCAUUGUGACAAACUUUCCAAUAAGCUAACUUUGCCAAGUCAACGGGAAUCAAAUCAGGUGGUUCCUGAAGUCGCCACCAAACGAAGGCACAUUAUUCAAGCUUCAACAUCCGAAUUGUUGAAAUGCUUAGGAAUAUUUCUGCAUAACAGAUGCUAUAAAUUGAGAGAUUUCCAAGCUGGCGAUGCUGUUAUGUGGCUGAGGACGGUGGACAGAAGCCUACUAUUGCAGGGCUGGCAGGAUGUGGCCUUCAUAAAUCCAGCCAAUAUUGUCUUCGUUUAUAUGCUAGUCAGAGACUUAGUUGAAGAUGAGGUUGAUAGCGAGCAAGAACUUCAGGCUGUGGUGUUAACUUGUUUGUACUUAUCAUAUUCCUACAUGGGGAACGAAAUCUCCUACCCGCUCAAACCGUUUUUAGUUGAAGACUCCAAAGAGACAUUUUGGGAUCGAUGUUUAUUUAUAGUCAAUCGUCUUUCUUCCAAUAUGCUUCGAAUUAACGCCGAACCCACCUACUUCACUGAAAUGUUUUCCGAAUUGAAAACUUUCGGACUUAGCCAAAUGGCGAGCAAUAAUUUGACUUCAAUGGGUUGCCAAACGGUGGUACCGAUAGUGGCUUGUAACAGUGGAAGGGCGCAGGAGGCCUGACGUUUGGAGCAAACCACCACCACAACUUCCACCACUGUGGUUACUCUCGCUUCAGAAGUGAAUGGAAAUUCGACCAAUGUUGUGCGAAGUGUUUCAAAUGUUAGCCAUAAUGGAAUCGAGUGGAGAUAAACCAAUUCAUUGGAGUGAUGAUGUUAGUUUACAGUGUUCAUCAAUUCUAAAUUACGAUAAUUUCAUUUUGAAAGUUGCUGAAGAAAAGUUUGUGAGAGUUGUACCAAUCAGGGUAUAUUGUUAUCUUGAUUAGUAAAAUGUCAAUGGCCGUUUAUGUAGUAGAUGAAUGUAGAAUUUGCAAGAUCGUGCAACGGAGCUUUAAGCGAAUCUUUUUUGGUACGAAGAAAGCUUGUUGAAAGAAAAACCAAUCUACUCCAAAUUUUACUAAAUUAAGCAACGCUAUAGUUGACAUAUUAAACAGAUUCUCUAUUAAUUUGUGGUCUAAAAGCCUGACCCAUUUGUAAACUUUUCACAUGCAAAUCGCUCAUAAUAAUUGAGGUCUGCUAUGUAAAGCGACACAUUUAAGUUCCCGCAAUGAAACUUCAGAUUAUGUUGCUUUUUACCCGAAAAGAAAAUAAACAAAAUCAAUAUAACGUUAACUCUGGUGUUUUGCGUGUAUACCCUUCUAAAAAAUGUUCAAAUGUCGUGCCGACUAAGAUUAACAUAUAAAUAUUUGUGAUAGAGAAAGUAAUAGUAAUUUUCGUAAUGUUUUUUUAUAAAUUUAAUUAAGUAUGUAGGAAAAUUACACUUGGCAACUCGACUUGUUUCUCUCGAAAUUUUUUAAUGGCUUGACUGUAGAUGUCCACCAGUUUUAUCAGAAUCAAACAUUUUUUAAACAAGUUUGUAAGCUUUUUACAACAUCAAACCAAACUUUUGUUAAAAAUGCCCACUUGCUUAGUUAGCAAACGCAAAAAGAGUUUAAAAGAUCCACGUAGUUGAUGUUGAACUUGAUUAUUUUCUUCCAACUCAAUAGUUAUAAAAGAUAGUAAACCGAAUUUAAUGAAAUUAAAAUGUUAUUAUUUGCCCUGUAUAUAAUUAACGAUAGUAUAGUACUCUUUAAACGUCAGCCCGAUAUAUUUAAUUCCGAUUUUUGAAAAUUUUCGAAAAACUCAAACUCAAAACCAAUUGCUUGUAUUUGGAAAGCAAAUUGAUUGUACAGAUAAUUUUAGUAAAACCUAUACUAUAAUGGUCAUUAUUAGUUGAAAAUUAGGUAUUAUCGAAAUUUUAACAAUUUUCCAGGUCGGGGAUCGUGCAAUUUUCUAUAUAAAAUCAAGUGCCCAGCAUAAUGAUUUUUACUAGGAAUCAACUUAGUGUUUAAGUAGAGAAAUUUAAAUUUACUCAUGAAAAUAUUUAAUGCGAUCUAACCGAAAAAAAAAACCCUGUAGAUAAAGUAAGUUACGUGUAAAAGUAUAACCCAAGUUUAUACAAGAUGCAAAGAAAGGCGUAUUUAAUGGCUUUACCCUGUAUAUAAAAAUGUUAGUGUGUCCUACCAAUAUCGUUGGUAGCAUAAGGAUUCACUGCAAGAAAUUAUGGUUUGCAAUUCUUAGCGUAAUAUUUAACAUAAGUAAGAAAAUGAGCGUACUUAUACAGUUUUUCUUACAAAAUACGUAUGAUGAUUAUUAUUAAUAUGUAGGGUGAGUUUUCGUUGUGAUGUACCCUGUUGAGAUUAUUGUUUUUUGUUAAUUGUUUUAAGUAAUUAUAUUUGUCUGUGAUUUUUUAAAUUUAAAUGUCUCAGUAAACUGUAGUUAUUACUUUCACAUGGAUCAGAUUCUUUGGCAAUUAAGGCUGUUGUGCAGGGUGUUCAGUAAAUAUUCUUACAGUUCCUUAUAAUUCUUUGGCGGUCACCAAGCGAAGCAUUUUCUUCUUUAUAAGCAAAAACCAAGCAUUUUGAGAUGUCUGGUGCUGAAUGCUGUUACUUUUUACGAUACACAACAAGUAAAAUUUAUUUAAAAGGUAUUUUUUUUGUACUAAAAUCGCACCAUAAUUCGGAGAUUUUUCAGUUGAAAAAUAUAAGUUGACUUUUUAGUUGUUUUGCUCAGUAGAUUAUUAAAAGACUACCGGGUGCUAUUUUCUUAUGCAGUAAAUUAAAUAUAACAUAUACCUACAUAUUUUUGUUAACAAACAAACUGUGAAAUUUUCUUCAAAUAGGGCAAUAGCUGUGUCCAAUUUUUCUUAGUAAAAAAAAUAACAAAUUUUAACACCGUUUAUUUCAAAAUGGCCCGGUUCUUAAGCUUUUACUUUUUAACUUUUAUAACUCAUUCAAUGCUUGACUUGUCUGUCUGUGACUGACUGUCCCUCACCAACUUUCUAAGAUUCGAGGUUCAUUUAUUGAACAAUCCGUAUAAGCUCGAUUUUACUUUCCAAUACUUAUGUUAAUAUUUAAAAUAUAGAAAAACCAUUUAUAUAUUUAUUUAGUAUAUUUAUAUAGUUUUCAGUGUCUCGUGAAUGUCAUGUAACAAACUGUUUAUGUAUAAAAACGUGCAAUUACAUUUGAUGGUGUUGAGAUCGACACAGCAAUGUAACAUAAUUUUUAGAACUUAUUUCCGGUUUUUUACUGUUUAUGAUUAGUCGGAUGAACGGUGUGGAUGCGUUUAUAUUAUUUGGUUUAUUAAUUUCCCUUUUCUAAAAGGAAAGACUGUUUGAAAAUAAACGUAGGAAGAAAA